UAUUUGCAGAACUGUUUCAGCUUCCAGUUCCACCACACAUUGAGGUCAUGUACACAACACUUCUGAUUGAAUUGUGCAAACUUCAACCUGGCUCUUUACCACAAGUUCUUGCACAAGCCACAGAAAUGCUGUACAUGCGUUUGGAUACAAUGAACACUACGUGUAUAGACCGGUUCAUGAACUGGUUUUCCCACCAUCUGAGUAACUUUCAGUUCCGUUGGAGCUGGGAAGAUUGGUCAGAUUGUCUUACUCACGACCUUGACAAGCCCAAACCCAAGUUUGUAAGAGAAGUCUUGGAAAAAUGCAUGAGGCUUUCAUACCAUCAGCGAAUAAUAGAUAUUGUUCCUGCUACAUUCUCUGUCCUUAGUCCUGCAAACCCAUCGUGUAUUUAUAAAUAUGGAGAUGAAAGCAAUAAGUCUCUUCCGGGAUACACUGUUGCACUCUGUUUGACCAUUGCCAUUAAAAAUAAGACCAGUAAUGAUGAAAUCUUCGGCAUCUUAAAAGAUGUGCCCAAUCCUAACCAGGAUGAUGAUGACGAUGAAGGCUUCACCUUUAACCCCUUGAAAAUAGAAGUUUUUGUACAGACUCUGCUCCAUUUAGCUGCCAAGUCGUUCAGCCACUCAUUUAGUGCUCUGGCAAAGUUUCAUGAAGUCUUCAAAACCCUCGCUGAAAGUGAUGAGGGGAAGCUCCAUGUGCUGAGGGUUGUGUAUGAGGUCUGGAAGAACCAUCCACAGAUGAUUGCUGUGCUUGUGGAUAAGAUGAUUCGGACGCAGAUAGUUGAUUGUGCUGCCGUAGCAAACUGGAUCUUCUCUCCAGAACUUGCUCAUGAUUUUACUAGGUUCUAUAUCUGGGAGAUCUUACACUCCACGAUUCGUAAGAUGAACAAGCACGUAGUGAAGAUCCAAAAGGAGCUAGAGGAGACUAAAGCAAGAUUAGCCAGGCAACACAAACGAGUAUGUAUCUUGUUUUGUAUCUUGUAAAUAGAUUAGCUUGAAGUAAAGCCAUGUACUUUUCACAUUUCAUUUCAGACUAAAUCCUACUUUUUCUGUGGCAAGAUGCAUGUCGGCUGAUGAGAGACUUGCUCUGUGAGAGACAAAAUAAAUAUUCUAUUAAUGUUUCUACAACAUCAGUAACACUUAAAUAUUGACUUGGAUUCCACAGGGAUUGUGAUCCUAACAUGAUCUUCAGAUACAGCUGUAAAGGCUGUUACAGCCAAGAAGUUAAAGUAAAUGGAGCUCCGUUUACAUUCCUUUACUACUUUUUUGGUCUUUCUCAUAAGUUAACUACAAAAGAACACUAAUUUUUUGUUGCCAAUAAUAGAUGCUUCAGUGACAGCUACCUCUCACCUAACUCAAUCUCGUUUUCUGUUACUUUCUUGUGUAGCAAUGGAAAUUGUAUUUUCAGUAUUUCAGCUUUACUGUAGUUGCAGAUCUCCAGUCAACAGGUUAAUCCAUUAAUAUUUGGAGGAUUUUCUUGCCAUGCUGUAUUAGGAGGAGAACAUCACCAGGCAGACAUUU